AUGCCGCGUCAAACCUCACCACCUCAACUGUCACACUGCAAUAAUAAAUUUAUUUUAUUACGCAUCGAAGCUCGAAACAAAGAAUGGAACGAUAGCAUGCUGUUGAACACGGCUUGGGCUGAUCUCAUGAUAAGCUAUCCUACCAAUAGCUUUGUGGCUGACGUCGACCUCGAUUGUCUGACCGCACUAGAAGCAAGGAUGUUCGAGGAUUCCGAAGAAGCAGGACCUGCAGGCAACCAGCAGUGGGGUUUGGAUGGUGGCCAACAUCACAGGCGAUUGAAUGUGUAUCUCGGAAUUCCUGAUGAAUGGGUUUCUGCAAGAGAUUAUAGUGAGAGCGAACUUGAAUGCGGCCCCUUAUUCAGUGAUAACUCUGAUGCUACAUCUUUGGAGUCUGCAGACGAGCUAUCCGAAGCUGUAGUUCCUUCUCUGCCGGCCGAAGAAUGUCCGCCCGUUAAACGUCGAUGUGCUCCACAGGCUCGAAGGGUCCAGAGAGGGAGGAAAAGAAAAUAAUCAUUGGCUUAUGUAUACCUAGUUGUACAUGGCUCUGAGGCAAAUAAAAUAACAAAAGAAUGGUCGUGAACUCAUCCAACUUGAUCUGGAAGUUGAAUAUAGAGUAUAGGAAUGGCGCGUCAGUGGCCG